AUGUCAAGCUUCUUCAAAAAUUUAUUUACUAAAUAUAAUACAUUUACUAUGCAAAAACCAUUCACAAGUAUUUCAUUGAGCACAGGAGUUAUCCUUGGUCUCGGAGAUGUGCUAGAGUAGUUUAUUGAGAAAAAAUCAACAAAGGUGCCCAAGCCAUUCGAAAUACGUAGAGUUCUCAACAUGAGCGCCUAUGGUUUAACGAUUUAUGGACCUUUUUGCAGUCUCUGGUAUACUAAAUGGCUGCCUACGUUAGCUCCUUUAACUCCUACUCCUGCAUUAAAAUAGUUAUCUUUAAAAAUACUUUAUGAUGAAACACUGCAAAGUGGAUUUUUCUAUAUGAGCUUUUUAUAUACUUUAACGAGAUUAGAAGGAGGUUCACAUCAGUAAGGAUAGGACAAAGUGAAGAGAGAUUUCUUCAGAUGCUACUUGGCUGAUUUAGCUGUUUGGCCAUGGAUUUAAUAUUUAAAUUUCAGAUACGUUCCUCCUCACUUGUAAGCUAUAGUUGUUUCUUCAUUGACCGUAUUUUGGGGUGCAUAUAUAAGCUACGUAUAGCACUCAUGA